CCUCCCCCACCCCGCUGAGCGGUUGAGCCGCCCUCUCUGGGGGGUCCCGGUGCGGGCUGUGCCGCAGUACUUGGUCAGUGUCGGGGCGCGGCGCUGUGCGACAGGUGCCGCGAGACACGUUCUCACAGCUCCCACCAGCGGGCCUGGGCAGGGCGCUUCGGGCCGGACACAGGCUCAGCCUGGCAGGCGGCUGCUUUUCCAAGAAACUUGAGCCCCGCGCGCUGCCGUCCGGGCCCCUCCAAACGAGCGCAGGGGGCUAGCGCAGGCGCAGCGCGCCCGGCUCCGCAGGUCCCGGGCACUCCCGCGGCGGAUCCGAGCAGGCCGGCUCCCGUGGCUGCACCCCACCAUGUCCGCCCUCGCCAAGGCCUCCGGCGUCCUCAAGUCGGUGGACUAUGAAGUGUUUGGCCGGGUGCAGGUACACAGAAGAUGAAGCUAGGAAAAUGGGAGUAGUUGGCUGGGUUAAAAAUACCAGACAAGGGACUGUUACUGGCCAAGUUCAGGGCCCAGAAGAUAAAGUAAAUGCAAUGUGGUUCACAAAUGAUUACAGCCUACUCCUGCUGUCCAUUAUUGGAGUUACUCUUUUCACUGUAGUGAGUGCCGACUAUGCUGCAGUGCUGGAGGUCCAGAGUUCAAACCCUGAUGAUGAUGCAUUGGGAGUGGAUGAGUUACAGUUGCACAUAAUAGAAUUUGCUUACCUCACACAGAAGGCCUGGCUGAGUAAAGUUGGAAGUCCCAGUUCUCGCAUAGACCGAACCAACUUUUUUAAUGAGAAGGAAAUCUCCAAGCUUGAUUUCUCAGGAUUUAGCACUAGAUACUAAUGGAGGAAGAAAUCUUUAAGCACAAAAUUAUAAUGCUUCAGCUGCAUAGUAAUUUCUGUGCCUCCAUAAAAUAGCAUGACAGCACUUUUUUUGAUGUCUGCUUCAUACUAAAGUAUAAAAAUACCCCUUUUACAUAAUGUAGGACUGUCAGUUACUGUAUUAGAAAUUUCAUAAUGUAAAUCUUUACCAACAUUGCCAAUUUAUAUAUAAUUUACUUAGAAGGAAGUAUAAAAAAUCAAUAAAAAUAUACAACUGCAAAAUCAGCAAAUACUAGUGGACAGUGAGAUUUGUAAGAUAUGAUCAUACAGAAUCUAGUCUUUGCCCAAUAAAAUAUGAUUUAUAUAUAUUAAAAAACAAACAAAUAGAAAACAACUUAAAUUUCACUGUGACAUAAUUAAAAAUGUUUAAAUACUUUAAGUAAUCUUUAAACAGGAUCACAGCAAUGUUCAGUAGUAUAUUCUAUAUGCUAUGAAUUGUAAAGUUCUCUUGUAUUAUUUGUAAUAAUUAGUUGAUGCUGUAGCAAGUGUUCUAAAAUAAAUGUGUUUUACCUUUAAAACAUA